AUGUCGCAAGCUCGAGGACUGCGUACGACAUCCUGGGAACCCUCACUCAGUCCAGUCCCAUCUUCUCUCUCCGGGCGAUCACCAGAAGACAAUGAAUGCGGGGACAGCACAGAAGGAAACCCGCUCAGAUCUCCGCCAGCUGUGUCAGACUCGGAAUCCUUGAACUCGCGCUCAGAGUCUCAUGGAAGCGAUGAUGACAAAAACGUGAGCCAAAGCGACGACGCUUGCGCGUCGCGCAAUGACAACCGCCAAAACGCGAGAACCAGUCAGGAUUCUGAAGGUGGUAAUCAAAAUGACCCAUCGCGCCUCUUUGGGAUGCCCAGGUACGCGCCGUUUUACAGGGGCAGAGGUGGAUUGGACGAUUAUAAGGAACUCUAUCCCGAAGAUCCAUACGGCGCCGAGGCUGGACAGAAUGCCCGCGUUUGGCGUGUAUAUCUGGACGAGAGUGCAGAGUUCGAUUCAGACAUGCUUCGGGGCUAUCGAGACUCGCUGGACGUGCACCUCGUUUUCGCCGCUCUCUUUUCCGCCGUAGUCACCACAUUCGUCGUACAGACGUCGCAAGCUCUCCAAGUGGACUAUGGUCGGAUCACGUCUGCGUUAAUGCUGGAGAUGAUCGCCUUGCAGCGGGCAGGUUCCCCAGAUCAAGUAGCCUCUGCCGAUAUCGACUUGAGCACGCGGUCAUUCUCGGCGAACGACGUCCUGGUGAACGCGCUGUUUUUCGCCAGUCUCUCUCUUUCUCUGUCUACGACGUUGAUGGCCGUCCUUCUGAAGCAAUGGCUCGCUGAAUACUCCACGGUUCCGCCAGGAAGCCCUCGAGACCGGGCGCUCAUCCGCCAACUACGGUAUCAGGCCUUCAACAAGUGGAAGGUGCACAUCAUUGUUGGCGUCGUCCCCUCUCUAUUGCACAUAUCACUGGGUCUUUUCCUGUUGGGCCUCGUCUUCUUCGUCUAUACGCUCGCUUGGCCAAUUUUUGGGAUUGUACUCGCCAUCGCCAGCGCGACCUACGCGUUUUACUUCGGAACACACAUCCUCGCCCUCGCGCGCUGGGAAUGUCCCUACAGGACACCUAUCACGUUCGCCAUACGGGAAAUCUGGCUGUACUGCAAGACGCUGUACAACCGCAUCGCCGUGCCGACUCGUAGGAUUCCGCUCGUUGCAUCUUACCGGCAAUUCGAGAUGCGCGCAGUGCGCUUCACUGGUCAGAAUGUUCUUGCAGACGACUCGUCAGUUCUCGAGCUGAUGCACGAUGGACUGAUGUGGCUGUAUCAGUCUGCUUUCAACCCUACUGCGCAAGCCAUUGUUAUCGACACGUUCGCGGGUAUGCCCAGCGCUGCGAACCCUGCGCGCGCGGAUUAUCGAGCAUGGGUACAUGAGAUGAUCGACGCCCUGAACGGCCGUUUCCCUCUGCACGUCAUGUCCGGGAAGUUUGACGAGCAGAGCCUCGCAGACUUCGAGAGAUCCGUGCGCGCUCUCAGCACUCUGUCGAACAACGAGUCUGCCAGGGAGCACCUAUCCUUUAGGACCCGCAGAGUUCUCAGGGCGGCCGAGGAAACGAUCCUCAAGCAGUUCGACUCAAACUCCGAGCUCUUUGGACGCCUUGAGGUUGUGAGCAGCGUUGCAUAUCCAGAUGACUGGCAAUCCACCGGUGUCGGCCUAUUCAACACGCACCUCUUCCAUCUCGAUACGGACUUUAGGCUGUCGUUGCCGGUAUGGCGGUCGCUGAUCGCGCACACGUUCAACAUCGCUAGGAUCUACACCGGUGCAGGCGCUUUCGAGCGCAUUGUCGCGAUUGUACAUCGCAGACCUGCUCUCAUGGAAUCCCUGUUGCGAAUCUACCGCGGGCGAAACACGUUGGAUGGGUUCGGCGCAUACCGGCCCUACGAGGGCACGGCGACACUCGGGGAGGUCUGUCACUUCCACUCGGAUGUGAAAGACCAGGUCACUGCCUUACUGUGCAAGAUAUUGGACUGCGAUAUCAUCGAAAAUACUCAGAUUACGGCUUCGCUCAUAGACGUCUCGAAUUGUGCAGGCUUGGCCAUUCCAGCCUGGCUAUUCACUAGCGCUCACCGUACACUGCAAAUCAAAGCACAGGUCCUUGGAGACCUUCACACAUCGGACGAGCGUGGCGGUCACGUGGCGCUAGCCAAUGUGUUGGCGUUAUUCGGCAUUUUCACAGAUAGGCGAACCUACUCCAGCGUGCCAUCCGAAAUCAUGCAAUCUUGGCUAAACGCUCACAACGCUCCCCACCGUCCGCACGCCCUGGAUAAUCUGUACCCCCUCGCAGUCGACGAUGAUCCAAACCCGCUCAACACACUCGCAUGUCUAUCUAUACGUCGAAUGCUGUCAAUGCUUGACGACUUCUCCUUUCUUCCCUGCCUACACCGCAUGCCUUACGAUACGCAUAGGACUGGCAUUCACGGCGGCAACACCCUCGUACUUCGAGCGAUGAUUGCCUACGUACGUGCGGCACUCGUGACACACUUCCAGGGAGGGAUGAUAGGCGCCCUCAACCCGCUUCUUACGGACGACAACGUUGCUUUCAUGGUCAUCCUGUGCAAGAGCGAAUUCUUCUCCUCCGCGGACCUCCCCAGACAUCUGAACUCCGCAAUCCUGGAAGAUAGAUUGCACAUACUCGAGCGUUACGAAGCUGUCCUGCAUACAUUGUAUUUCCGCACAAAGUCAUACAAAGUCUGGCAACGGGUCUUCCUAACGACCAGGACUGCGCUGCACUCUGCGAUGGCUACGCGCGCGGUAGUUCAUAUUUCGCCCCAGCACGUCUCGGAGUGCAGGGCUCUAGUACGCUUCGCGCAACUCAUUUGCGCGCACGGCUCGCAAGACGAGCAAGAUACGAAUCUCUAUCUCUAUGUGACGGUGCAUUGGUUGAAUGACUUGGGGAUACCACCGUUGCGGAUACAAGGGUAUCGCAUGUUUGGCCCUUACGCGAUCGCAUUCUCGGCCGUGAACGCGAGACUUCCUGGGUACAGUCAGAAGCUGCAUGGCUCCAGGGAAGUGAGGCGUCUCGGAUCUGCGUCGGGGACCGAACUCUCAGGAGAUGAGAGUGACCUGGGACAAAUGCAUGCGAAUUCCCCCAUGACAGCUCUUCCGGUCGACUGCCUAAGCAGACUGAUCCUGCUUUCGGACAUAAAAUUCAGGCAACCCCUCAAUAUAACAACCAAACGCACGGAGGACGAUCCAAAGGUACAGGGUCCCGGACGACCAACAAUACAACUUUCUUCGGUAUUCCCAAACAUUCGAGCAGAGGCCCAUCCGGAUGUGGGUGGAAGUAUCUUGUGCUUUACCUCGCCGCUUAUCCCGUUCGAAGUCGAUGAUUACAGUGAAAUCUACCCGGAGGACCCUUACGGCGCUGAGGCAGGCGAGAAUGCCAGGGUCUGGCGAGUUUAUCUCGACGAGAGCGGCCAAUUCGAUGAGGACAUGCUGCGCAGUUAUCGAGACUCUCUGGACGUACAUCUCGUCUUCGCGGCCCUUUUCUCGGCCGUUGUCACGACUUUCUCUGUCGAGACUGCUAAAUCUCUUCAGCCGGACUAUAGUCGCAUAAGCUCGGCCUUACUUUUGGAACUCGUCGCUCUACAACGAGCAGGCUCUGCAAACGCCGUGCCCUCGGCAGACGUCGAUCUGAACUCGCAAGCCUUCUCGGCUGCGGACGUUGCCACCAACGCGCUGUUCUUCGCCAGCCUGUCGUUGUCACUAUGCACAACACUGGUAACCGUUCUGCUGAAGCAGUGGCUUGCAGUACGUAGUGCGCUGGGUUUCCUCUCGCAUAGGGGGUCUGAUGAGCUCGUCCAGGAAUACGCCAAGGUGCCCCCUGGUAGCCCCCGAGAUCGCGCUCUCAUCCGCCAUAUGCGGUAUCAAGCGAUGCAACGAUGGAAAGUCCCGGCUAUAGUGGGCUUAGUACCAUCCCUGCUGCACAUUUCUCUGGGGCUAUUUCUCCUCGGUCUGCUCGUCUUCCUCUCUGGAGUGUCAUGGCCGGUGUUCGGCGUCGUCGCUCCAUUUGCAUGCACCGCCUACGCUUUCUACGUGAUCACACACGUCCUCGCCAUCACCGACUGGCGAUGUCCGUAUCGCACACCGGUCACCUUUGCCAUUCGGUGGCUCCUCCGCCUUGUGAUGGCCAUUCAUAGCCAAGUGACGUCUUCGAUGGUGGUUCCAACGCUUGUGACUUACAGACAGCUGGAAAUGCGUGCGGUACGCUUCUGCAGCACGUCCUCCCCUGCUCAGGUCACUCCGGAACUUGUUGCUUUGAUGCACGACGGGCUGUACUGGCUCUACCAAUUUGCUCUGAACCCCACCGCUCAGACCGUUGUCGUCGAGAGCUUUGCCGGUCUACCUGCAGGCCCUGAUGAACGACGCGACGGUCAUCACUCUUGGAUACAAGACAUGUUUAGUCUAUGGGCGUUAUAA